AGAGUAAUAGUUCAUUUAGAUUGAAAUUUACUUGAAGUACAGAAUUUAAAUAAGAAGAAGAAUUUUUCUUUAACAGUUGCAAACUGCUGGUUCUAUGAUAAAAAUUGGAGCGCAAAUGGAAACAGAACUACUACCAUAACUUAUUAUUACUACAUCAAUGGAUCGUGGGUUGCUUCAACUACAAUAAAGCCUGCUACAAAUGGUGGUGGGAAUGAGUUGACAACUGUGCCUAGAACUGACCACAUUGAAGCUACUACUGCUAUGACUUCAAUUGGCUCAGGAUCUGGUCCGACUGACAAAACUGUUCAAGCCCAAUUCGUUGAAGAGAUAAGUAACACAGAGUCUGUUUCUGAUACAAAUGCAAUACUUGAUCGUUUGCAAACGUCACACUUGACGUCAUCUGAGAAAAACGAAGUUGUAUCAAACUUGAUGGAUGUUGUUGAACAACAAGUAUCUGUAUCGACUGACAAUACAAAAAUCAGUGCAAAUGAAUUAAUCUCAGUCUUUGAUCGGAUUGAAAACUUCGUUUCCAUUUUAGACGAAGAUAAAGUUGAGAAAUUUCUGCAAUUUUCGACGAAUGCUUUGGCCGAUGCUUUGGUCAAUGAAACGGAAAACGAUGAAAAUAUAGAAGAAUUGAGCUCUGUUGCCGUUAAAAUUGAGAACUACGCCGUUGCAUCUACGCGACGACUUCUAGACUUAAGUUCGAAUGGAGGAAAAUCAGCAGUGACUCUGAAUCUGGAAUCGGUGAACGUGGUUGGCUGUAAUGCCGGAAGUGAAAAAUGUCUUCUUUCGUCUGGAGGUUCUGAAAUUGGACCUGUGAUAAGUGAUUCUACCUUCCGUGUAACUUACAUUCAACAUAAAAAAUUCUCAGUGACGUCAUCAGUGGGCUCACAAAUUGUCUCUGCGACUGUCGAAGACAUUAAUUCUAAUAGAAUUUCGUUACCAGUGAAUUUCGUCUUGAAACAUGUAAAGGAUGUCGGCUUUUUCAUCCCUGAAUGUGGAUUUAUUGACGCGGUGAAUAACGUUUGGUCAAAAGAUGGAUGCAGUGUUAUUUCAACUAAUGUAACACAUACCAGAUGUUCCUGUAAUCACAUGACGAAUUUCGCAAUAUUGUUUUUGCAUUCUGACAUCAAGAUUUCGGCUGUGGAAGAAUUCUGGUUUAACAUUAUCACAUACAUUGGCUGUGGAAUUUCGAUAACAGCGUUGCUAGUGACAAUGACGACUUUUGCUGCUUUGAGACUACACAAAUCUGAGCGUGUUGUUCUCCUUUGGCAUCUUUGUUUUUGCUUAUGUAUUGCACAACUUAUUCUGGUAGCAGGUACGAAUGCAGUAGUGGGCACGGCGAGCUGCAAAGCAAUCGCAAUAUUGCUACAUUUCUUUUUCAUGGCUGCAUUCUCGUGGAUGUUAAUGGAAGGUUGCCAGCUAUAUUUCAAAGCAGUUCGUGCUGUAAAAGGAGGCUACAACUUCAAAGUUGUUUUAGUUGCUGGAUGGACUAUACCAAUCAUCAUCGUGUGCGCUAGCCUGGGUGCAGGAUAUCACGGUUAUGGUAAUGGUAGGGGAUGUUGGAUCUCGACGGAAAAUGGAAUGAUUUGGGCAUUUAUUGGGCCUGCUGUUGGGUUUAUUGUGAUCAAUUGUAUUCUGUUGACUUUUGUAAUGAAAGUUUUUCUCGGAUUGAAAUCGGUUCUCAAGAAAAAUGAAGUAGAGAAAACGAAACGUGCUGCAAAAGCUCUUGCUUGCUUGAUGCCUCUACUUGGAAUCACAUGGAUAUUUGGUUUGUUUGCUGUCGGCGAAUCAACCAAAUGGUUCCUCUACUUGUUCUGCAUCUGUAACAGCCUACAGGGACUUGGUAUCUUUGUUCUCCACUGCGCGAGAAACCAUGAAGUCAGAAAAGCGUUCCUGAAGAAGUAUCGGAGAAGUUUCAUGUCGAUUGGUCCAUACUCUACAUCUGGUUCCAGCCAGUCUGGCAAAUCAGCAGAUACUUAUCUCAAGUCUACUACUGAUUCUCUUCCUAUUGUGGCUAAGUGGUAAAGAAAGUUCAAUUACUCAUUCUCAUCAGCACUUAUCUACCACAUGAACACCAAUUUUGUCGGGAAGAGUCAAAGAUGGGUAGUAAAUACCUGGAGUUAGCCUAAUUGCUUCUACUUAAUUGUGUAUAUACUAUACUAGUAGGUGGUCUACGUCUCUACGAUAUUAAAGUACCAU